AUGCCUUUCUUUGCGUCACCGCCUGCCAACAAACCAAAGGCGACUGGAAGCAACGCCUACAGUCCAACUUCUGCAAAGCGAAGCAAGGCUCCCAAUAACUAUCAAUCUCACAAGGCUGAGACCAAGAAGCAGCAAAAACAGGAUUAUUCUCCUCGAGAGUCAUACUACAGUGAUUGCGAGUCAAGACCUGAGUCUGAAAAGACCUUCGUUGACAUCAAGAAUUUCCUUGUUGACAUCAACCAAUCACAAAUGGCCCCUUCACGAUCCAAUCCUCCUCCGGACAGGGACAGGACUGACUAUGGGCGUCAAGAGAGAGAAAGGGGGAACCGUCAAGCACCUCCCCGAAAUCCGCCUCGAUUGAGCGGAGACACAAACGAAUUCCCGGGCGUAGACAUGGACGAUGUAGCAAACCGUAUGGAAACCGUAUGCCUUGGAGAGAGCCAGCCCUUCCCGGUCGCUUCCAUCUACGAGCAGAUCCUCAUCCUCCGUCAACAUGGUGCUGCCGUAAAAUACACCACGAAGUCCCGAGGUGAUUGUCUUCGUGAUGAACUUCCUCAGCCGGGACAAUCAAUUCGACGGGGAGACAGCCCCGUCUCUCUUACUGAUAUCCUGAGCCCAAGCAGAGAAGAGAUCAAUGCCAUUGAUCACGCCUUAGCGAGUGUGAUUAACACAGGGGGAGAAGUCGAAUUCCAUCCUUUGCAACCCAGACAGUCGGGAGCCUUAUUGGAGUGCGACGCAUGCUCCAAAGUCUUUACACUGCAACAAGACCGAGACCAGCACAUCGGAGGAGGAGCCCUGAAGUGUCCCACGUGUGGGAUACAAUUGCCCUGCCAGGGCCUCGUGGAAGAUCACAUGCACAACAGACACCGAGGCAGAAACAGCUCAGGCCUUUCCUCGGCUGAUCGUCCGACCUUCAGCAACUAUCAAGAGAGGAACGACCAUCAGCCUUGGGCGCAAAGAUAA